AUGGAACAUACCUUUCAACUCCAACCUCCUUCAAUGCGUGCGUCAAAAACCUCACGGUCAAAAAAAACCUCGAUAAAAACCACUAAUAACGAUUUUAGUCAUUUGCUCAUACAAAUGCCAGAUGCAUCAGAGGUAUCAAUUGACGAAUUCGUUAAUCGUCCCCACGCGAGAAUCAGAAAGAAGAGUCCCAAUAGCUUCUUCAUCUAUAGACGAGUGUUUGUAAAGCAACUCCUACAAAAUAACUAUAAACUGGAAAUGAUCAAUGUUUCCAAACUGGCAAGUAUUUACUGGCACAACGAGGACGAAAGAGUUCGCCAAGAAUACAAGAGGAUUGCCACAAUGAUCGAUCAGAAGCUUCAAAAGAUUAGAGAGGAACAGCCAAAAACUCCCAUGUACACCUUUGUCCACUGGGGCGAAGAAAACUGUAAUCCCCCUCAGGAGUUUCCUCUCGCUGCGGAGCCUCCUGCUCACGAGAAUCCCAUCUACAACUGUGAAAGCCCAGAAUUUGAUUUCGGAAAUUUCGACAAUUUCGAGGAAUUGGAAUGGUACUUGAGUGAUUUUCUGUGA